AUGAGAAAGGAUAUUCGUUCCCAUAUCAGUUUAAUUCCCCAAGCGGAAGGUUCGCAGUUGGUUCACGACAUUGAUAUGACUCCAGGUGGCCGGGAUGAAUCUUUGGAAAGCAGUGAAGCUGCACAGCAACUUGGGUCGGUGGGUGAUCGAAAGGACAGCGGAGCUGUGAUCACAUGGUGUCUUUCGAACAUCGACAAGGGUAUGAAGUCAGAUUCAGUUCUACGGCAAUUACAAAAUGAGCUUGAAAGAAGCGGUGUUAUUGCGUUGGAUGCGCACUUUGCACAGUACGAUCAAGACAUGCAGGUCUUUGUCAGGAACGGAUUGGAUAGAUUGAGUCGCGAGGAGUCUCAAAGGGACAUUGUAAGUAGACCCGACAGAGGAACAUGGCAACAAGCCUUUGGCAACGGCUACAGGGAUGCUUCGGUUCCAAUUCGUCGCUCCAUUCCGGGGGCGAUGGAAGACAUGGAAAUGCCGUCCGCUGGUGACAUUUCAGGGCAUAGCGCUGGGCAGGUAUAUCUUAAACGGCUCCAGGAAAUACAGUUACGCUACGGUCUGCAAACAGGAGAUCGUACUCAGGUGGAUGGUGUUGCAGGAACGGAAAAGGAAAACGGAACUGUGGAGAGAGUACUGUCUGCGGAAGACACAAGGGACAAGGCAUCGACGUUGCCGGAACGUAUGGCGCGGAUACGGCAGUUGCAAAGUUCUUCCAAAGACUGA